UCUCAGCCCCGGAGUGAGGGAGAAGCUGGAGGGGCCAGGGGAAGGAAGCGGCCCUUUCCUCCUGCUUGUGCACUUUAGCGGUCCCUUCAGAGUCUACAAGCGCAUGCCCCGGGUGGGAUGCUAGGUGGAAAGCGUCCGGCCUGGAGUCAGUCCAGCAGAGGGACUUUGGGCAAGGCCCUUAAAGCCGUUUGCCUCAGUGUCCUCUUAUGCCAAAUGAAUGACAAGCCGCUCCACACUCCUCGCCUGGAAAACUCCAAAUUAGCGUCAGGGAGCGUCGGACAGCACGGUGCUGAGCGAGGGAGAUUUAAAAAGAAAAAGACAUUGCUCAUGGUAAUAAGUUUCCAUUUAUUUAGUCCGUUGGUGCCACAGAAAUUGUUCUGUAUGACUCAUACAUGUGCGCGGAGAUGGACAAGUGUUACAACCUUUUGUACCUUGAGUCACAUAAUCAUCCUUUGAGCUGUUACAGAACCAGGUGUAAGUCUUGGGUCAUCCUGUCCAGUCUCUCCUUUAACAGGGCACCAUGAAACUCAUUAUCCUAGAAAAUUAUCUUCAGGCCAGUGAAUGGGCUGCCAAAUACAUUAGAAAUCGAAUCAUCCAGUUUCAUCCAGGGCCUGAUAGGUAUUUCACCUUGGGGCUUCCUACAGGGAGCACCCCUCUUGAGUGCUACAAGAAGCUGAUUGAAUAUUAUAAGAAUGGAGACCUCUCCUUCAAGUAUGUGAAGACAUUUAAUAUGGAUGAGUAUGUAGGUCUCCCACGGGACCAUGCUGAAAGCUACCACUCCUUCAUGUGGAACAACUUCUUCAAACACAUUGAUAUUUGUCCUACAAACACCCAUAUUCUGGAUGGAAAUGCAGCUGAUCUACAGGCAGAAUGUGAUGCUUUUGAAGAGAAGAUAAAGGAAGCUGGAGGAAUUGAGCUUUUUCUUGGAGGUAUUGGUCCUGAUGGUCACAUUGCCUUCAAUGAGCCUGGGUCAAGUCUGGUGUCUAGAACUAGAGUGAAAACUCUGGCCAUGGAUACUAUCUUAGCCAAUUCCCGGUUCUUCGAUGGAGAUCUCUCAAAAGUCCCCACGAUGGCUUUAACUGUUGGUGUGGGUACAGUCAUGGAUGCCAGAGAGGUCAUGAUCUUAAUUACGGGAGCCCACAAAGCAUUUGCAUUGCACAAGGCUAUUGAGGAGGGGAUAAGUCACAUGUGGACUGUAUCUGCCUUCCAGCAGCACCCCCGUGCAGUGUUUGUGUGUGAUGAAGAUGCUACAUUGGAGCUUAAAGUGAAAACUGUUAAGUAUUUCCAAGGAUUGAUGCUUGUUCAUAACAAACUAGUGGAACCACUGUACAGUAUGAAAGAAACAGAGAAAAGCCAGUCUUCCAAGAAACCAUACAGUGACUAAUUUGCCCUCAGAACCAGCUGUCAAUCCCUCAAAAAGAUAUACUUUUCCUAAAGAUCUGUUCCCUCAAAAAUAUUUCAUUGAUCAAAUACUACUUCUAUGCCCACUCCAAAUAAUGUUUUAUCUGGCUUUGAUGAAAAAGUGUAGAUGAGUAUGUACUCAGCUAAAAAGACAGACGCUUACAAAAAUGGGUGUGUUUGUACUGUAAUUUGAUUUUCUAUGAAGUAUGUUAUUGCCUGUUUUCUGCUUGUCAUUUCUACCUGCUAAAUAAGGGACAGUUGAAGAUAGAAAUGCCUAAUGUAAACAUUUUUAAAAAGUUGUGCCCACUGUACAAGGAAAAAGUAUGAACAUUCGUUCUAUUUAGAAGUCAUCUCUGGCAGCAUAUGAAAGAGUACACCUGGGGAAAGUAGACACUGAACUUAACAGGAUUAGUGAGUGACAAGUAUAUAGGUGAAGUGGGCAAGAGAGAAACAGCUUUUUUCCUUUUUCUUUCACAGCAAAUCUCUUACUCCUUAAUAUUGGAUUUAGUAGCAGAAUGUGAAUGUUGUACUGAGUGCAAGGCUGUCAAAGUCUACCCACUCUUAUUUAAAAUACCUAUGCACUUUGCUGUCAUGUAAUAAUCAUUCAGUGAACAUUUAUCACCCCCCUUGUGGACAAUGUACUAAGCACUGAGAUAGGAAGAUGUAUCAGGUAUAUAGGCUCUGCCCUCUAGAACCUUUUUCCAUUAGGGAUGACUAAACAGGUACUCCACAUAUAAUUUGCUGAUGAUAGGACAUUUUAUGCGAUUGUCCCUCUUAAAGAAUAGACACAAUGGUAAUUUCCACCAUUGCUCAUUCCACUAUUAAGACAGCAAUAUUCAUUCCAUUCGUUCUUACUACCUAAUCUUUUAUGUGCCUAUGAUAAGCUGCUGUUGGCUCCAUUUUGGGGGGAAGAAAUCCUGUGAGUGAUUCAGGUGCCUCUGACAGAACUUUUGAAUACUGUGUUUUCUACUUGUAUUUCAAUGUUAAGUUUUUAUGUUGAUUAGUAAAAUUCUGUUUUAAGCUAAUGGAUAAAUGGAUUUAUUUACAAUGUGAUAUUUUCUAUUAAAUUCAGUAUUUUCUAAUGGAACAUGAAGAGUAA